AUGUUGUUACUUCUGUUAUGCCUCGGACUCAAUGCUCGAUUGACACACUCUCUAAGUAUUCAGCCUGGACUAGGCGCGCCAUCAAACAUCUCCCUACAUCCUGGGUUAGGAAUACCUCCAAGCAUCCGCAACUCAACCCUACGUGUCUCCGGAGUUCAAUGCGAAGAACCACACGAAGCGAGCGAUCAACCUUCCAGAGCCGUCAACCUCUGCGUAGAGCUCCUGGCAGGCUACAUAGCAUAUUUGCCUGAGAAGCCACUUCGAUGGAGCACCGAUAAGGAAAAUGCAAGUCCAGAGCUAGGAGCCUUGCCGUUUCACAUACAAAGGGGCCAGGGGGACAAGUUCUGCCUGGUAAAUUUUGAGAGCGGUGACAGUGAGCAGCCCGCGAAGGUUGAUGAUACAUUCGGACUUGAGGUGGUUGAGAACGCAGGCGUCGAGAUCAUCCAUCGAUGCUUGCAGGAAAAUCAGGAUGGGAAUGAGGAGAUUGGUCCCGCAAAGCAAGUCUUGAUGCACAUUUAUGGAUGGGGUGGGGACAGAGUGGUGCAGACCCAAGAUUUAGAGUAA